ACGAGUAGCAGCCAUUGAUGAAAGCCGAGGUAUAGGGCUGGGCACUGGAGUUUCGGCAAUUUUUUUAAUUUAGAUUUUUUUUUUCUCAUUUGAAAUUUUUUAAAUUUAUUUAUUCAUAGCUUUUAGAAAUGGAGAUGAAGAAGAGAAUCAGUUUAGAAUUGAGGAACAGGACUCCAGUUCAGGUGGCAGAGCUGGUGGUUGACAACUGUCGUACGAGUGAUGGGGAGGUGGAGGGUCUUACGGAUGACUUCAAGGAGCUGGAGUUUCUCAGCAUGGUCAACGUGGGCCUGACUUCCCUGGCUAAGCUGCCCUCACUGCCAAAACUGCGCAAGUUGGAGCUCAGUGACAACAACAUCUCAGGAGCUCUGGAAACGCUGUCGGAGAAGUGUCCCAACCUGACGUACCUGAACCUGAGUGGCAACAAGAUCAAGGAGUUGCGCACAGUGGAGGCACUGCAAAACCUGAAAAACCUGAAGAGUUUGGACUUGUUCAACUGUGAGAUCACCACUCUGGAGGAGUACCGGGAGAGCGUGUUCGAGCUGCUGCCUCAGGUCACCUAUCUUGAUGGAUUUGACCAAGAGGACAAUGAGGCUCCGGAUUCUGAGGCCGAUGACGAUGAUGAGGAUGAGGAUGAUGAGGAAGGAGCAGGCCCUACAGGAGACUGCGACGAUGACGACGACGAUGACGAUGAUGAUGAUGACGAUGAUGAGGGCUCGGAGGGAGGUGAAGAGGUUGGGCUAUCUUACCUCAUGAAAGAGGGGAUCCAGGAUGAAGAGGAUGAUGAUGACUAUGUAGAGGAGGAGGAGGAAGAAGAUGGGGCUGGAGUGCAUGGACAGAAGCGAAAACGGGACCCUGAAGAUGAGGGAGAGGAUGAUGACGAAGAUGACGACUAGCCCUGCCGGAACCCAAUCACGGGUUCCAGAACUAAGCUGUAGAACAACGGGGGGAAAGUGUGAUCUUGCAGAUUCAGUUCUUUGUUAUACCAUAGAUAUCACUGUAGAAGCUGUGUUUCUUUUUAUAUAUAUAUAUAAAUAUAUUACAAAAGAAAGGAAAGGUUUCAACAAUUCAUUUGUAAUCAUUCCAGGAUUUCUUUUUUUCCCCUGUUAUUGUAUUGUUAAUAAGGGGCCAGAGGUGGAUGGGUGUAGUGUUCAUUAAAAACUGUGAGCCAAUGGCUGGUUGCCUGUAGGGCACUGAAUUGGCUUCACAAAAUUAGAUGUGCACAAUCGGUUAAGAACUGUGUACCUUGAUAAACUGAAGUUCCAUGUUUCAAAGGUGCGUCUUGCACCGUUCACCUGCCGGUGGCUAUGGUGUCCUUUUGUUUUGCUAUCUGUGUGACUUUACUGAGACCAUAGUAAUCUAGAGUAAGGCUUCUGCUUGCCUGGGUUCUACUAAGGUUGGUGUGAAUGCAGUGUCUGCCAACAAAACAGGCCAGAUAUUAAUUGAUACGGGCAGCAACAUUUAACGACCGUAAUGUUGUGCUUGGAACUUUCCCAGAAAUUUGCCUGCAACUGGUUACCCUAUGCUGUUUUGUGGGGGUCACUAUUUCACCGUGCUUUUGUAUAGGAUAGGAUGUUUAUUUUAGUGUCACUUAAUGAUCCUCAUAUUAGUCAAUGGCAGUUGAAGAGUCCUCGUGAGUUAUUGUGGGGGGGGGGCAUUAUAGGGAGGUACUGGAAAGUUACUUUUUUUUCUUUUUUAAUGCUAAUGUUGGUCCUGGAGACACAAUGUUGCUUGGGGUUUAAAGUUAAUAAAAACUUUGAGCUAAAGACCUGAACAUGUUCAUUCCAACCAUUUGUCUCCAUUCAAAAGCUCAGGUGGACCAGAAGGGUCUUGCAGAUCUCCAGGGACCUGACCGGUCAUCUCACUGAAAUCAUCAUGUCUUUUAUUUCUGUCAAGCUGUGGACAAAAAGAGCUUUUUCCUUUUUUUUAUUUUUAUUUUAUUGAGCAAGAACUUUAAUCAUGUUUGUAUUGCAAUAUGUAUAUAGUAUCUGUUCCAACCUUUGUAUCUCCUGUGUACAUUUUAUUUAGAAUUCUUUUUUUUUGGAUCAUCUUUGAUCCUUUUAAGUAAAUACAAAGCACAGGUCAGGAGGUAAAGAAUCAAAUCCAUUACACAAGCUUUUUUUAUUUUCUGUCCUCUGCUGUUGUGACAGUUGUGUGGUUGAUGUUUGUGUGCAGUAAACUUUUAGGGUGUUUUUAAAAUAAAAAGAAAUUUGCUUUAA